AUGCUCCGCUCGGGCCUCAAGCAACGCUGGAUGGUGGUGACGACGGUGGCGCUGGCGCUGAUGGCCGCGGCGACGACGACGGCGACGAACUGCAACGUGACCGAGUCGGACAGCGCCAGCGACUCAGCUUCCGAUUCGGCGGACUCUGCCGACUCGGUGGACUUCAGCACGCCCGACUACGACACGCCCGACGCCGACGACGGCAUCGACGAAGCGGCCACCCACCAGAGCUGCUUCGAGGUCGCGCUCUGGUGCGAGUCCCUGGGGAUCGCCGUGUCGCCCGACCCGGCCAACAACUGCAAGUACCCGUGCCCAGACAUCACGCGCGGCAACGCCGACUAA